ACCAAUCUCUCCUCAACUCCGCGUGAUAACAACUCAGUCAUUCCAAAAUCCCUUCUUUUUCUGCUUACAUUCUCAUCAUUGAAUUAGAAACACCCAUCUCUUUGCUCUGUAAAAAAGAAAUGGAGAGGUUUAGGCUUAAAAGGGCCUUUUUGUUGCUGCCGCUCUUUUUGCUGCGUCAAAGCUUGGAUCUUUCUGCGUGUUUGAAUGAUGAAGGGAGGAUUUUGUUGAGGUUUAGAGAUGGAAUUGCCAUUGACCCUUAUGGAGCUUUGUCAACUUGGAUUGAAGGGACAGAUGAUCAUUGUUCUUGGUUUGGUGUAGAAUGCUCAGAUGAUGGAAGAGUUGUGUCUCUGAACUUGAAGGAUCUUCUUCUCGAGGGAACGCUCACACCGAAGCUUGGAAAUCUUAUACAUUUGAAGUCUCUUAUUAUCCAUAACAAUUCAUUCUGUGGAACCAUCCCAAACGCGAUUGGUCUAUUGCAGAAGCUUGAGAUAUUGGACUUGGGACAUAAUAAUUUCAGUGGUCCAUUUCCAUCUGAAAUUGGGAGUAUUUCGUCUCUACAAAUACUUGUAUUAAGAAACAAUAAGUACAUAGGAAAUAUUCCAUCAGAACUCCAGGAUCUCAGUAUGCUUUCCGAGCUUCUGUUGGACGAAAAGUUAUCAUCCUCGAAGAACUUUGCUGUUACAAGGAAGACUGAAAAUGCGACCAUACGGAGACUUCUUCAAGAAGUUAGCGAACACAAAGGCGAUCAUCAUAUACAUCAAAAUAUAAAUAUGGCUCCUGCCUCAGCACCAUCAUCAUCACCGUCACCAUCAUCAUCACCUUCACCUUCACCAUCACCAUCACCAUCACCAUCAUCUUCUGCACCAAUUGGGCUAUCAUCCCACUUCCAAUCCAACUCACCAGCAUUCCCUUCUGUUUCUCCAAAGCACCUUCAUGACCGUGCAAAAUCAUAUCCUCCUUUAUCAUUUAGUCCACCCUCAGGAAAGAAGCACAAAAACAUUCCCUUGAUAGUCUUCUUGUCAGUUGCAACUGGAUCUUUGUUUCUUGUUGCAUUAUUCAUUAUAUACCGCUCUUGUUGCCGACUGAACGAAGUUGUCACCGUUAUGCCUUGGAAAACUGGUUUAAGCGGGCAGUUACAGAAAGCAUUUGUGACAGGUGUACCUUCUCUUAAACGGUCAGAACUGGAAUCAGCUUGUGAAGAUUUCAGCAAUGUUAUCGGUUCUUUAUCAGAUUGUAUUUUGUACAAGGGAACACUAUCAAGCGGAGUUGAAAUCGCAGUGACAUAUAGUACUGUAACUUCUGCUAAAGAUUGGUCAGAUCAUCAUGAAGCCCAAUUCAGGAAGAAGAUCUCAGUGUUGUCCAAAGUGAACCAUAAGAAUUUUAUGAAUCUUAUUGGAUACUGUGAGCAGGAAAAGCCCUUCACUAGGAUGAUGGUUUAUGAGUAUGCCCCAAAUGGGACACUUUUUGAACAUUUACACAUUAACGAAGCAGACCACUUGGAUUGGGCUGCACGAUUAAGAAUAAUCAUGGGCAUAGCAUACUCUUUGAAUCACAUGCACCAGCUUAACCCUCCUAUCAUUCUCAAAAAUCUAAGCUCCUCUUCUAUCUACCUAUGUGAAGAUUAUGCUGCAAAAACCUCUGAUCUUUCCUUCUGGAACGAAGAAAAAGAAACCGACCAAUCUUUUGAAAGCUUAGGAGUUCUAGAUCAACAAUUAUCAACUCAAGAAGGCAAUGUAUAUAAGUUUGGAAUCAUAUUGUUGGAAAUCAUAUCGGGAAGAUUACCAUUCUCUGAAGAUGAUGGGCUCCUUGUGUUAUGGGCUUCGAGCCAUUUAAAUGGCAGGAGACCGCUAAUGGAUAUGGUCGAUACUACCCUUGAAUCAUUCAAUGAAGAAGAUGUGACUGCUCUAUGCAAAAUAAUUAAGUUGUGUAUUAAAGCAGAUCCUAAGAAGAGACCGACAAUGGCUGAGGUUGUUACUGAGUUGAGAAAGAUCACAGCACUGACACCAGAUGCAGUUAGUCCAAAAUUAUCGCCGUUGUGGUGGGCAGAGCUCGAGAUUAUUUCGACAGAGAGCAGUAGCUUAGAGUAGAGAUGAUUUUAUUUGUUAAUAGACUUGAUUUUUUUUUAUUGCAUUGGUUGGUUAUUCACAAUUGUUUGUAAAGAAAUUGUACAUAUUCAAUAUUGGAGAUGGUUCGUUAAUAAGAAAAGAAGAGAAA